UCCGAGUGUCUUCCGUAGUGCAUCGAGGAAUCGCGCGUCUCAGCAGCCGAACAAAACUAACGCAUACAUUCCAACGGACACACGGGUUUCGUUGCUGUUUUGCUGGAUCCCUCGACUUGGAGUUGGAACCGAAAUAUGUGGCGAUUGAGCCUACUGUCAUGGCUGCUCAUCGCGAGUUGCUUCGCUGCUCCGCAGCUUUCGUCCUCCCGUACAAACAAUACAACUGUUCCUACUGAAACUGAAGCCAGCCUCUCGACAACCGUGACUCCCAGCAACACGACGCGUCCACCAUUGCGGCGCGAUAGCUGCGGACGCCGAAACCUUCAAGGUUUGGACGCUUCCCCUGCGCCAGAUGGCGCAGCGAACAGAGCGAAGUACGGCGAGUUUCCGUGGAUGGUGGCGGUAUGCAGCAUGGAGGAAGCCAAAACCGAUGAAGUUCACACUGUUUACAUGUGUGGUGGCGCACUCAUCCAUCCUCGAGCAGUCUUGACCGCAGCUCACCGCGUUGUCGGGAAAAAUAUCAAUAAACUGAAAAUCAUUACCGGAGAUUGGGAUGCUUCGAAUCUGCGGGAAAAUCUCUCUCAUCAGGAACAAAAUGUUGCAAAAGUGAUAAUUCACGAACAAUUUAAUCCCGGAUCGCUUGCGAACGAUUUUGCGCUUCUGAUUCUCGCCCACCCUCUCAAUCUCACCGAGGCCGUUGACGUUGUUUGUCUCCCGAAAUCUGAAGACCGAUUUGAUUUUACACGUUGUUUAGCUACCGGUUGGGGUAAAGACGUUUACGGUGGCCAAUAUCAGAAGAAACUUAAAAAAAUUGAACUUCCGGUCAUUCCUCACAGCGAUUGCCAGACUGCUCUCCGAACCCGUCUGAGUCCCAACUUCGUUCUCAACCCGAGCUUCAUUUGCGCCGGUGGCGAAGCUGGACGCGACACGUGCACGGGUGACGGUGGCAGUCCUCUGGUCUGUCCUCUCAAAAAUCAUACGAAUCGGUACGCUCAGGCGGGCAUCGUAGCUUGGGGCGUCGAGUGCGCGCGUUCAGCAGUCCCCGCCGUUUACGCCAACGUUGCAAGUGUGCGCAGCUGGAUCGACGCCAAAAUGGAAGCCAAUCGUCUGGAAACUUUCGUGUACUCUUAUUGAUCGCAGACGGAAUCGAAAUGUUCCCAAAUGUUUUUCACCGCAUAUGAGCUUGUCCAAUUCUUUUAUCUAUGUCCGAUUUGUCCCUGAAGCCAAUAUUUCCGUUCACUUGUACGAAGACACCCACUUAUUUAUUUAAAUAUAAGAAAGUGAUUUUUUUCCA